AUGAAAACUCCAGAUGAACCUAAAUCGAUGUUAGGAGAGGACAAAUUAAAACCUUUGACUGAUAUGAAAUCACCGUCGGAACCGGAAUCACCAACAAAACGGGACAAAUUAAAACCUUUGACUGAUAUGAAAACUCCAGAUGAACCUAAAUCGAUGUUAGGAGAGGACAAAUUAAAACCUUUGACUGAUAUGAAAACUCCAGUUGAACCGGAAUCACCAACUAAACGGGAUAAAUUGAAACCUUUGACUGAUAUGAAAUCACCGUCGGAACCGGAAUCACCAACUAUACGGGACAAAAUAAAACCUUUUACUGAUAUGAAAUCUCCAGCAGAACCUAAAUCGACGUUAGGAGAGGAUAAAUUAAAACCUUUGACUGAUAUGAAAACUCCAGUUGAACCGGAAUCACCAACUAAACGCGAUAAAGUUAGGCCUUUGACUGAUAUGAAAACUCCAGAUGAACCUAAAUCGAUGUUAGGAGAGGACAAAUUAAAACCUUUGACUGAUAUGAAAACUCCAGUUGAAGCGGAAUCACCAACUAAACGGGAUAAAUUGAAACCUUUGACUGAUAUGAAAUCACCGUCGGAACCGGAAUCACCAACUAUACGGGACAAAAUAAAACCUUUUACUGAUAUGAAAACUCCAGCUGAACCUAAAUCGACCUUAGGAGAGGAUAAAUUAAAACCUUUGACUGAUAUGAAAACUCCAGAUGAACCUAAAUCGAUGUUAGGAGAGGACAAAUUGAAACCUUUGAAAGACACGAAAUCUCCGUUGGAACCGGAAUCACCAACUAAACGGGAUAAAUUGAAACCUUUGACUGAUAUGAAAACUCCAGAUGAACCUAAAUCGAUGUUAGGAGAGGACAAAUUGAAACCUUUGACAGACAUGAAAUCUCCGUCAGAACCGGAAUCACCAACUAAACGGGACAAAUUAAAACCUUUGACAGACAUGAAAUUUCCGUCAGAACCGGAAUCACCAACUAAACGGGACAAAUAA